UUCUCCUGUGCUGUUUGGAUACUUCUCAGCAAUCAGCUAAAUGCCUGCUUUGCUGGCCAUUCCUAAUAAAUACCAUUCUGUGUGUGUGUGUGCGCACACGCGCGCCCGUGCGCGUGUGGCUGUGUGUGUGCGCGCGUGAGCGCGUGUGUCAGUGUGUGUGUGUGUCCUGGAGGUCCUGGAGCACUGAACCGCUGGCUUUCCCAUUCAGUUGCAGGGCUGUUGGCUGUGGGAGACUCACCGAUCGCAGGCAGCACGAAUGGAGCGCAGCCGGACUGGAACUGAUCUGGGAUUGAUUGUGCAGAAACUACCGUCUUAAAAAGAGACCAGUGCCACAGAAUGCUGAGUCCCAUUGUCCCCUAUAGUCUGUUGAAGAUGCACUGGACCCCAGAGCAUGCCCAGCCCCUGACCCAGUGGCCCGAGCAGCACCUGGACGUCUCCUCCACCACCUCCUCGCCGGCCCACAAGUCCGAGCUGUACGCCGCGGGCCGGCAGCGCUACAACUACGCCUGGGCCAACGAUGACAUCUCCGCCCUCACCGCCUCCAACCUGCUCAAGCGCUACGCGGAGAAGUACUCGGGCAUGCUGGACUCGCCCUACGACCGCGCCCCCGUGCCCGGCUACCCCGAGCCUGGCCCGUUCGGGGGCCUCAACGGGCAGAAGAGCGAUGCCGAGCCCUGGCCCAUGUCGCACGGCUCCGACGGGGGGUACUCGCUGGCGCCCCCACCCCCCGGACACGAGGUGUUGGCAGGUUCGAAGGGCGCAGUGACUUCCGGGGUGCCCUCCGGCCCGAGCGGCGUGUCCAUCUCGGACCCGGGGUACAGUGCCGGGGGCUCUUGCAGCGGCCCUCCCUCCCAGGAGUACCCCCCUCCGGCCUAUAACGGCACCUACCUCUCCUCGGGGUACUGCUCCCAGCCCGGCUCGGCACUGCCCCCCGCCUCCCUGCUGCAGCCCCCCUCCACCCUGGUGCCCAGCUACACCCCUCCCAGCACCGUCUACAGCUACCCCCCCAGCUCCUACCCGCCCCAGCCCGGCCUGGCCCCUGCCUACGCCGGCGUCCACUCCCCGGCCUCCUACCUGCCCUCCGGCCUGGCCGCCCCCACUCCCCUGCCCCCGCCGCGGCCUGCCAUGGUGGGGGGCAGCUACGGGUACCAGGGCCACGGGCUGGCGGGGGGGCCGGAGCCCGGGGGCGCCCUGAAGAGGAAGGCCUUUGAGCUGGGGGUGGAGGAGGAGGGGGAGGAGGGGCCGCGGUACCGCAAGUACGGCUACGAGCACGCCAAGCCGGGGGCCGGCUCGCCCUACAGCGUGCCCCCCGACAAGGGCGAGUGCCGCGGCAACGGCUUCAGCGCCAGCAGCGCGCCGGACCCCCAGAGCAGCGCGGGGUACAAGCCGGGCAAGCCCCCCUCGCAGCCGGGGCUGGGCGCGGACGAGGUGGGGAAGUACGGCGGCCUGAAGCCCCUGGUGUCGCCGCCCUACAGCGCGGCGGGAGAGUACAGCCCGCCCGCGGCACUCGGCAGGGAGAACGGCAGCGGGGCGGAGCACGGCUUCGCGCACGCCCGCCUGGCCGCCAAGCUGCCGUCCGAGGAGCUGCUGAAGGCGGCCGACCCCCGGGCACUGGAGCUGAAGCAGAAGGAGCAGUGCCCGCGUGCAGCGAGCACGAGAGGGGCGUGCAAGAAACAGGCUGGGGCCGAAGCAGGAAGGACAGAGGUCAGUGUCCCACAGCACGCCACGGCCUAG